AUGCGCAUCCUCGGUGACUUUUGUUACGCGCACGGGGCGGCGGCUCAGCAGCCAUGCGAUUCUCUAUCGAAUCCAACCUUACCACGCGCCGCCGCGCGCGGAGGGAGACUUCUCUCUUCUGAGCGGCGUCGCCGUUCAACAUCCAGAAGUAGAGACUUCUUCGCGUCCCGACAGGCGUGCUACGCGGUGAUCGUGCUUCUCGCCGCGCUGCUCGCGAGUGGCGGCGUCGCUGUCGCAGCCCCUCGAAAGGGAUCACCCCCUCGUAAGGGAUCAGCCCCGAGCUACCGAUGCAGCGCGAAUCCCGCGGUGGCCUCGGCGACGCCCAAGUACGCGAACCGGUUCUUCCGGCUGAUCAGCACCCUCUUCGACGCGUCGACGGGGAAUGUCAUAACGGAAAUCCUUACCAACGGUCGCAACUGGGUGGAGGACCCGCGCCUCGAGCCCGUUCUUGCGCUGCGCUCCGAAGGCAAAUGCAAGGCAUCAUGGGCAAUCACAGCAGUGAGCGCGGUGGAAAUGGCAUACGCGUUAGUGGCUUCCUCAACGCCCUCCAUGGAUCCCCCCCAGCGCCUAUCAGUACAGCAGGUGCUGGAAUGCAGGAACAGCACGAGCAGCAGCUGUGCGGCGGGCGGAUGGCCGACGGCAGCGCUGGACUUCAUGGUGGACGCCACAAUGACGUGGGGGGGGCUCGCCUGCGAGGCUGGGUACGCGUACACGCAGAAGGACGGCAAAUGCAACCGCAACAAGGCGAAGCAGCAGGCGACGGCCAUAGGCAUCACGGGGUACGACCAGGUGGACUACUACGGCUGGCUUGGCCUGAUGCUCGCUGUUUACGCUCAGCCCACCAUUGCAUUCGUGCGAGGCUCCUACCCCUCCUUCCAGACAUACACAGAUGGCUUAUACUAUGACCAGGGGUGUGCAGCGGCAGGAGUGGUGGAUCACAGCGUGGUGGUGAUGGGCUACAGCAUCUCCGCGGUGGAGGGCGCCUACUGGAUCCUCCGCAACUCCUGGGGGGCUGGCUGGGGCAUGCAGGGAUACAUGAAGAUGUCAUUUGAGGGAGGCGUUGGCAUCUGUGGCAUUCACUCAGUGCCGGCCCUCUACCCCAUCAUCCAGACGCCCUUGCCAUGCCAGUCACCGCAGAACCCAUGUGGGGGAGGCCAGUGCGAGGCGGGCAUGGGUAGCUACUAUGGAUGCGUGUGUCUGGAUCCCAUUUUCAUUCCCGUUGCCGACAAGGGCGGCGCGCAGACGUGUGCGUAUGCCGACGUGUGCAGCCAGCAGGACGAAAACCCAUGUGCGGUCGGCACGUGCAUCAACGACAAUGCGGGCGGCUUCUUUUGUCUCUGUCCGCCGGGAUUCGACCAGGGUUACCGCCCCAAUGGCGCUCACACAUGCGUCCCAUCCACCCCCCCCUACACAUACACCGUCGUCUUCCCAAUAGACAUCGACUGUCCGCUCGUCUACCAGCUCUACGGCCUCACAGAGGAGGCGUUUCUCGCUCAGAACCUGCAGCUGGGCGUGGAUCACUGCGAGACCAUCCCGGCCAACACGGCAGUGACUGUGGCGCCGCCCCUCAUGGGGGCGGUGCACUGUGUGCUCUACUACUCGUGGACGGCAACUGACACGUGCCAGAGCGUGGCCGACAAUUUCUGGCUCACAGUCGACGAUCUGGUGACGCUCAACCCGGGGAUCAACUGCACUGAUUGCACCGCCUGGAAUGCUCCGACCGUGAACCAGCAGCUGUGUGUGGCGAAGGGCAGCGGGGGAGGGGACGUGCCAAAGCUGCCCAUGUGCACUAGUUGGUACACGGUGCAGUCGGGGGACACAUGUCAAAGCAUCAUGGCAGAUUUCUCUCUCAACCAAACCGCCUUCUUCUCCCUCAACCCGGGCGUGGGCUGUGACAGCCUCUUCGCGUCUGUUGGGGGCAGCACCUUCGGCUGGAGUGGGGGUGGUGUGCAGGUGUGUGUGGAUGCAUACCUGGUGGAUGCCCGGGGCUCAUUCACCCCUCGCUCCCUCCAAGAGCACUUCUCCACUUCCCCGCUCCUCCCCUCCACCCCAUCUCUCUCCUCUCAGUCCUCCUCCUUUUCCUCCUCUUCCUCCUCUUCCUCCUCUUCCUCCUCCUCAUCCUCUCCCUUGUCCUUCUCAACACGAGGAAGACUGCUCGGCCUUAGCACCUCCUCCCACCCAUCACCUUCCUCCCUGCCUCGCCUCCCACCCAUCAUCCCGUCUCACUCCGCCCAACCAAUGAGAGGCCGCCAGCUGGCGGUGUCCAAGCGGCGGUGCCUGGCGUUCUACUCGGUGACGAGGGGGGACUUCUGUGCGCGCAUCAUAUCGCUCAAGUUCCAGAACAGUGCGAGGAAACUGGCAGAGUUGAACAACGGAUAUGUGUGUACGAAUGAUAGGCUCUACGUGGGGCUGAGCCUGUGCACGCGGAGGUAG